CUGAAGGAUCAUGUAUCACUUCGUAUCCGAACAAACGCCGGAGUUGCGGCUCUCAGCGGAGACACUGGUCACGAGCCACGUGACGCAGUACCUCAAGAGCUUCCAGCUGGAUGCAGUGCGCUUCGUCUACGAUCGGCUGGCAAAGCGCGAGUUCUGCAUCUUAAAUGAUGAGAGUGGUCUUGGAAAAGUCGCCACGGUGGCGGCACUACUAAGUGCGCUUCCACCCGCCAAGAAAACACUUGUGGUUCUCCAGAACGAUGAGCAACUGCUCACCGGUUGGCGAUUCCAUUUGGACACUCUCACUGACCUCCAAGUGUACAUCAUUCAAGGGGUGCACGACACCACAGACUCGCCGCACAGCGUUUACCUGGCGAAAUGGAGCCAACUACGGAGCAUUGGAGAUCUCAGUCGCCUCAAGUUCGACUACAUUAUGGUGGAUAAUCGGGGGCACUCGCUGAACAACAGCUUUUGUACUUCCAUGCUGCUGAAGCAAUUCGAGGGACGGGUAAACGUUCUUAUCUCUAGUGUUGACAUUACGUCCGACGUGAAGUUGCUCUACAAUGUUUUACGACUGGGCGACCGACUAGAGCAUCAGUACAAAAGCUUUUCAAGGUUCGAUCGCAAAUUCCACCUGCCAGAUCCAAAGGAGGUAUUCAGCAAGCGCAUAGAUCUCGAGGAAUACUACAAGCAGCGCGGAUUCCUCAGCGAGUAUAUCAAGGACUUUCGUCUGCGUCGUUUCCGUCAUCAAUUCGACAAGACCCUGCCACUUGUCGCACCGGAGCAAUACAAGCACAAUCUGAAUCUCUGGUUGGCCUCUAAAAACAGCCAGAGCACAUUAAGUGGCUCAGAGGUGUGCUCUACAGUCGCUUCCAUAGAAAACAAUCCGCCUCAGCAAAAUGAAACUGUGCUCGUUGAAGAAUCGGAUAGGAUAUCCGAGCAUAGCGUAGAUGAUGUUGUGGCAAUGUCACCCCUGAUAUUUGAGUCCUCCGAAUCUGACGAUGAACCCAUAACCGUAGAUCCCGUAGCAAAUGAAAACCCGGUAUUAGUUGUAUCCAGCGAUGAUUGUGAGAUUGUGACUCCUCCAAAUACACCGCCGAAUCGAACGCCCUUAGUAAAUAAAUCGCCAAGGACGAAAUCAAAGAAGAAAUGUAGCAAGAAACCGUCACCGUGCAAAGAAGCAGAUCUCACCGAUUCCGAAAAGGAUGAUGAAGGGUUGACAAUGCCGCCAAGAAAGAGUACUCGUGCGGCUACCGUUCAUUUUACACCCAAGACAAGAAGACUUAAUGUGCGACUUUUAAGGGUUUCCCUAGAUGCUCUAAGCACACCAGCCCCGUCUGGAGCCACUACUGCGAUCAUAACGCCCAAAACAGAGCCCUCAGCUAGAAGAAAAAAUCGGACAAAACAGCCAAUGGAUGUGGGUCGCCCAGCUACAAGAGGAAUGCAGCGCCUAACACGAUCCGCUGAAUCAAAAAUAAACAGCAAGUACUUGAAGCACCACGUACUUGAUGAUGCCAAGCGUAACUUUCCAAGAAGAAUCAAGGCUGAGGGGAACCAAACACCCAAAACUAGCAAACGAAUAGUGAAGCAGGAGUCCAAGGCAAAGGCUAAACCCGAGCAGAAAAAGAAAAUAAAGACCGUGGACAAGCCUGCUCAAGAAACUCCGAAACGAAAACCUGGACGUCCGAGAAAGUGCAAAACGCUGACGGAAACUUUAGGGAAGUCAAAGACUAAGCCGAAUUCAAAGCCCUUGCCACCUACUCCUCAAGUUCUCAGUGGUAGCUCUUUGUCCUCGGAGUACAUGCAAUGUGCUCAGCGUAUCCCAGACGAUUUGGAUGCCAUUGAGUCACCAGCUUUCCGGGUGCCUUUCACGCCCCAACAAACUCCUAUGCUUCUAACCUUGCCGUCUACUCACAAUUUGCUUAACGACUCUGAAGUGGUGGCUAUUCCGCUUUUCAAAGAUCAAGUUGAAACAGUGGUGAUCAACAGCUCCCACGAUGAGAGUUCCCCGCAGGAUCCAUCGCAGAGUCGUCGCACCAAGGCGUUAAAAAGAAAACGCAAACCCGACGCGCCUGUCAAUUCAAGCUUUGGCGGGGGAUUGGGUCUACCACAGGCUAAGAGGAGUGCCACCAACAAAUCUCCAGAUCUGUUUAGCAUAUCCUCUGAUCUCUCACAGAUUCCUCUGGCGCAGCCACGACCCUCAUCGCCCUUCGAAGGCUUCAAGAUCUUUGGCUCUGAGGUGAAGCAGUUUCAGCAGCAGCAUGCGAAAGUAACUAUACCAGCGCCAAAAAAGAAGCGAGAUCGCUCGUGUUUGGAUAUCCUAGAGCAAAUGUUCGAGCCACGACAACAGCAGUCGUCUAAAACUAGUCCCAAAGUCUUGCCUACCUUGCCACUGAUCCAGAAAGAUGAUGCAACAACUACCUUUACGCAGAGAAGAGUAACUCUCCUGGAAGAUGACUUCUUUGAGAUAACGAACAAUGGGCAGUUUGGCAGUCGCAUGAGGUUGAACGCUUCUGGAGAGGUCUCGCCCGUGCAACAGGAUCAACAGUCCGUCAGGCCGACGCAGGCCAAUAAAAUCACAAAUUACUUGAUUGGUUCUGGAAUUACCCAGGAGCGAACGCAGCCUUCUAAUGGUAAUCGCAACUCCAUCGUCGCAUCGCUUCGCAAGUCCCCCAAAUCCCCGAAACAUGGUGCAAGAACCACUCAAGCCACGAAGUUAACGCGCUGGUUUGGCUCGGUCUUCGGAGGAGGAGCCUCACAGACCAGCUCCGUGGAAUCGGUUAGCGCACCGAGUACCCCGGUAAAUCCUUCCACAAGUGCAGCAGCAUGUCAAACGCGAACGGCGAGAAGUGGUGGAGCCACAGGACCCACCAAAAGGAAGCGAUUGGAACUGUUCAAGUAAUGAUCCGGAUCAGAACAGCAAUCGAUUGUGGAGACAAAAUCCAAUUCGGCAAGGUAUCGUCCUGCUUUGUGGAUAUCAGUAAUAUUUCCGUGAACGGAUUUCUGAGCUAUAUAUUGAAAAUGAAACAAAAAACCAAAUAUUGGGUCGUGAAAAUAUAACGUAUAGUAUGGAAUCAAAAGCCAAGCAACAGUUAACAGCAUCCAAACAUGGACGAAUGACUAUUUAGUAAGUUGUAAAUCAAGUAGCGUAGUCCGUCUGAGCCAUUAACUAGCCAAUUUAGUUAAAUUUCUAUCUUUUGUGCACAUUUUGAAGACUAUUUCACGAUAAACUUGUAAAGACACUGUAUACUAUCGGUUAUACAUUAUUGAAUAAAGUAUCUUGUAAG